AUGGAAAAUCCUGUAUUGAAACCCUUCAAACGAGCCACCAUAAUUCACACACGUAAAAAAUCGAAAAUGCUCAAUUUGACGAACAUCACUAAGGUGGUCGAAGAAGACUGGAUGGACCUGUGCGAAGAAGGAUCGUUGCUUGAUCAAAACGCAGUACGACUCCCAUUGAUUUUGAUCUACCUAUUUGUUUUCACCGUGUGUCUUCUUGGGAACUUCUUCACUAUUGUCGUCAUUGUGUUGCACCCAACUAUGCGUACUGGAACGAAUUACUUCCUGGCGAACUUGGCAUUGGCUGACUUAUUGGUUGCUGCCUUCUGUAUUUUGCAGAAUAUGGUUCAUAUUGUAGGAUUUGACCACGGGAAUUGGACUCUAGGUGAGGCUAUGUGUUACAUCUACGUUUUUAUGCUUCAUUUCAUACCAUGUCUAAGCGUUGGGAUAUUGGUAUGCGUAUCGAUCGAGAAAUAUUUAGUUUUCAUGCAUCCGUUCUCAAAAUGGACUCAGCAGAUCCUACGUCGCCGAGUUCGCUUCAUGAUGACCAUGGCCACAUGGGCGUUAAGUGUCGCCUCCAACAUACCGUACGCUCUGAACACCCGUCUUUAUCGGUUCAGUGAUACCGCAGCCGCAUGCGGUCGAACGGACACGCUACGAGUUUGGGUUACGGUAUCGUUUAUCCUCUGGUACAUUUUACCGUUAACCGUUCUUGCACUGAUGUACACGAAUAUUGGUAUGAUGCUAUGGAGAAGUGGAAGCUGCGUGAUUACAGUAACUCGACCGAGUACUGAUUCACAAGGUAGCGCUCAAACUGGUACAUCAUGGCAAUUAUCAAACGGAAGAACAAUCAUCUACAAACAAGAUUCCCUGCUUCAAGUUCCAGAAGAUCCACAAGUGAAAAAACGACAGCGGGAUUUGACGGAAAGUCGCCGAAAGGUUGUGUAUAUGCCGCCUGCACUUCGGUACUACGAUAGUGCUACACCUGCAUGGGUAGUUCGUUUGUUGAUUGUCCUCGUUGCUUCCUUCGCAAUCUUGACGCUUCCUCAUCAUGCUCGUCUACUUCAUACAAUGUGGUCCACGACUCCACAAUGCAAUAACGACUGGUCAAUACUGUUACAACCUCUCAGCUACAUCUUCUUGUUCCUCUCAAGCGCCAUCAAUCCAAUCCUAUACGCAUUUUUAUCGAAACGAUUCCGCGAAGCUGCUAGCGAUAUCUUCCACUGCAAGAAAGGUCUCCUAUCACAUCUCAGCCGUUCACGAUCACGAACAAGAACAAUCGUCUCUGAUUUACCGGAGGAUUCGCGAGCUUUGAAUCCAUCAGGCGGUUUUUGA